AAUCGCAAGGAAUACGUUGUGCAGCUCAAAGCGAGGCGCUGUUUUUCAUCGCUCGGAAAUAGAAACGGCACCGAGCUUGAGACAAUCGUACAGAUCCGAAAUGUUAGAAUCAGCUUGCGCGCGCCGGCUAACGCAUCAUCGCAGUCCGCCCACCAACGCCUACGCCACUGAGGCGCCACGGCACGUCGUCGGCGAGCGCGGCGCGCGCGCGACUUCAGUUCGCGCACGGCCGCUGCGACGAGAGGAUGUGUUGAGGUUUAGUUUGAUCGCGUCCUGAAGGCGAGAGAGAGAGAGAAAAAGUAUCCCCAUAGUCCAUCGCGCUAUCAAAUCAGCCGUCGCCGCAUUCUACAUCUCUCCUCGACUCGUACGCGCGAUUAUCAGAUGAUCGUCAGUCAUGAUCUCUAAUAAGACGCGACGGGCGCCUCUGCCGAGCUGCCUUCUUCUGCUGUGCACCCUCGUGGUCCCGACGUACGCCAGAUCCUGGGACUUGGCUGUAGUCAUCGGUAGCGAAAUCGACUUUUUCGCGCGGAACCAAACACUCACGGGCCAGGCCAACAUCGGAGAAGCCGUCACCCUGACCGGAGUGACGUACGACGACACCACUCGAACGAUGUUCUUGUCCGCCGCAAGGAACAACGUCUCCAUAUUCAGCAACGAUCUCACGAAAAAGAAUUUCACGUCGAUCCCAUUGCUCAAGAAAGAGAACGGGACCCACGUCAUAGAUAUCGUCUUCGACGCGUCAUCACGCAUUUUAUUCUGGGUGGACGCCUUGAGGGAGAUCAUCGCGAAGAUGCACGUGUCGAUGAACGGCGAACCAGGCGAGCCUGUCAUCCUGCACAACCUUACCAACCGCAAUCCGCGUGGCAUCGCUCUCGACGUGUGUAACAGCCACAUAUACUGGGCGAACAGCAACAAAACUAAUCCAAGUAUUGAGCGUUCCAAUCUCGACGGUAGCAACCGAACAAUCGUGAUCCACGAGAACCUGUACGAGCCGUUGGCGGUGACAAUUGAUCACGCGGAGCAGAAGCUAUACUGGACUGAUGAUGAUGAAGGGAUUCACUUCAAGAUCGAGCGCAGCAACUUGGACGGCAGCAAGCGAGAAUUGUUAGUCCACUACAAACAUCAGCAGCCGGUGUACCUCGCUGUAGACAGCGAUUCGAUAUACUGGUCUGAUUGGAUAUAUAGUGCAGUCUGGACUAUGCCGAAGAACGUCAAGGAAGGCGAUUACCCAACCAAGUUCAAGUCCUACUUCGAGUCCAAGAGGGACACUAAUCCGGCCGGCAUCGUCACCCGCGACAACGUCGGCAAGAUAGACUGUGCGGCGAUCUUGACAGCGGUGAAACGAAAAAAUGUCAUAAAGCCCGUGCAGCGACUGACGGCCGAGACAUUCAACAACUUGACCACCAGCACGGAGGAAUCGGAAUUGACCACCGAGAGCUCCAUACACUGCCUAAACGACGGCCAUUUGAAUAAAACAGCCGGCACGUGUCGAUGUAAACCAGGGUUCAUCGGAACCCUUUGCGAGACCUCUCUGUGUCACAAUUACUGCCUUCGUGGUAAAUGCACCACAAAUCAUCGCGGGCUUCCCGAGUGCGAGUGCCCGGGCAUAUUUAGCGGCGCUCGAUGCGAGAGGGACGUCUGCGACGGAUACUGCCUCCACGAUGGUGAAUGUUCCGUCCUAGAUGGAAGGCCACACUGUAGCUGUAAAUAUUCCACAGGAACCCGGUGCGAAGAAGCCGAGGACAUCGGGGAAAUCUGCGCGAUCUAUUGCGCGAGCGAUCGCGCCGAAUUGUUGAAUAUCAACGUGACAUCCUGCAGGUGCACAGACGACGUGCAAACAGCCGCGAGAAUCGUUAAGCUCAGCGACAGCGUGGAGUACAGGAAGUUGCUGCUGAUAUUCCUCGUCCUCGCCACUAUAGCACUCUUAUUUUUUGGUGGAGUCACCUGCUAUGCGGGCAUAUUACGGAGGAAACCGCGCGUAAAGAGGCGCUUCGUGGGCGUGACGCCGCUCACGUCCCGACCGCAGAUACCGGACAAUCAGUGCGAAAUUACCAUAGAGAAUUGCUGCAAUAUGAAUAUCUGCGAAACCAAUCGCUGUAGUGGUCGAAGGGAACUCACUUGUACCGUGCGAAAGCAGUUUGGAGUGAGAGAGACGGAGGAAGCAAGAAAAAAAAAAGGAAAACGUGUAGCGAUUGCGGUCACGAGGUGCGCAAAAGUUGCCUUAAACGGUAAUUCUAAUCGUUGCUCAAAGUACUAUUGUGAGUACAUUCCUGAAAAAAUUCAGAUUACGACGGUGACGAAUAGUUCUGUUCUCAUGUCGACUGAGAAAACCGUCAACAUUGCAUAUAGAUAUGGAAUUACCACCGAUUUCGUUAUCAUAAACUGCGUUUACACGUUAGAGCCUAAAAGCGUGUCGGUGGACAGAUUUGAUAAUUCUCAAUGUUGCGACUACUAAUGUUAUAUGUCACAGUAUAGUUGUAACAUACUUGUUUGUACGACAUGUAACAUCAAUAGUUAUAGUCGACGGAAAUUACUAAAUUGGUUGUCACGUUAUUCAUGCGGCUACGCAGGCUGCGACACUAAAUCGAUUUUGGAUAAACACGUGGUUAUUAAUCGCGUAAAUCGUAAUUCUCCAAUCAUGACAAAUACAUCCUUGGUCUUACUUCUCGCGCCUCGCGAGUCUCAUAUCUCGAUGAACGCUUUUAAUUCCACCCUCAGGCUCGUGCUCGUUGUCGUCGCUUGAGAUUUGCCCUGUGUGAGGCUGGUCUCAAGUGACAAUUGCAAAAUCGUAAAACUACAAAACUAUAAACCACGGGCCUUUCAACGAGUUCAUACUUCGUGUAUUCCCGUAACCAUCUUCUACCGCUGACCAUACAUUUGAUCAUACCGAAUACAAUAUACAAUGUAUAUAUGUGUACAGGGUGAGGCGUAUAAAACGGACCACUUACCUACGUAAUUUCCCCGUGUGCAAAGAUAGAAACUGUUUCGAGUAAAGUCUGUUUGAGAUUCAAACAGCUUUAUUUGAUCCGCUUUAAAUGCCUCAUCCUACAUACACUUUGUAUAUCAGUCUGUAUAUCAUUCUGUCCCGCUCAUCGCGAACACCUCGCAUAUCUCUCGACACCGGUUGUGACAAACGUCAUGGAAAUCAACGCUUAAUUUCAUUUAGAAUCUAUCAAUGAUCUCGAAUCGAUAGCCAUUUUCUUAGACAUUUAUCCCUGUACAUCAUCGAAAGCAACGAAGAUAAUCAUAGGUGUUCGCGACGAUAAGCGGAACGUCUUGUAUAACACAUGUACAUGCUAUUAUGAGGUGUAUACUAGACAAAGUAGAAAAAUAUUGCUGAACGUUACAAUGUGCGCGAGCAGUCCUCACUGUCAAAUCGUGGAUACCUCGUUUGUCCGAGCGAUAAAUUGCGCUGCGAAUUGCGCUGCGAAACAUUGCGACAAGUUCUCGGUGUAUUUGCGUACUUACUGCGUAUGAUUUGUACACAUCGGCAAUCGACGUCCACGUAUUGCUGGUUUCCAAACAGGAUUCUAGUUCGGAGGAUUACCAAAUUCGCACAUUAUCGUCCUUCGCGCAGCGAAUUCGCAAUAGCGUUCCUCGCGGAGAGAUCCUUCAAUCGGUUUGUUCACGCGAUUAUUUGACCCCGGAAACUUACGUUCUUCGCGUCGGUGUGUGCAAUGCGAUGCCAAUUCUUGAGUCUUCUGUUUUUCUUCCAAUUUUUAUGCUAUUGUGAAAACGAGAUUUUCCACCAGUUUUACUGUUUUUAAACAUCAUCUGCAGCGCGCGAAGUGAAUAGCGCAGACAAUUGAUUUUAGUUUAUGUUGUCCUUAACACGUUGACUGCCACGGAGGUGACCGGCGUUGCGAUUUUGCCGUGUCUCGUUGUUUUACGCAUAAAAUGUAAUUAAUUGUAACUAACGAGUUAAAUAUCGCAGCCAAUAUAUAGGGAGCCGAUGAAACUAACUUAAAAAAAAAAUAUAUAUAGAGGGAAAUGUGCACUUAUUUCGAUUAUUCGCAUUGUAAGCUUUGAAACAACAAUUUGCGGAAAUCAGCGUGGUGGCGAACGCGUUAAAACGAACGAUCGUAUAAAUUUUGUUUCCCUUAACGUCCGUACUUUUAAACCAGCGUAAUGCAAUUAGCAGUUAACACAUAUAAUUUUUGUACACCAAAGUUGUUUUUAAUUAUAGUGUAAAGAGGACAUAGUACAAUUAUUGGUUUGCAGGAAUUGUCAUACAUUGAAGCGAGACUUGAUUAGUGAUAGUGUUAUAUAGAAAAAACACCGCGCGGUGAGAUAAUACUUAAUUCUAACCAUGUCGCAGGGAGGCAAACCGAUAAUUACCAUAUUGUUCAUUGAUUAUAUGUUUAUGAGGUUUACGUUAUUCUUUUAUAUAAUACGGAAGAAUGUUCCUGUCGUCGUGACAAACAAAUCAUUCGCAAUACAUGACGAUACUUUUUGUUCCUGUAUACGAUAGAUACUACUUAAAUCGUCAUCGUCUCUUUGGUUUUUAAAUCUAACGUAUAAUUUUGUACUAAACGUUUGCGACAUAUUUGCCGGGCUAUAUAUACAUAGGUAAAUGUAUGUAUAUAUAAAUAUUAUAUAUACACGUAUCAACAUUGUGUUUGGAAAAUAGCCCUCUCCCACACACUCAUCCCCAGAGACGGGAUAGUGGAUUUAUGGUGAAAGGGUUAUAUUCCUAAAAUAAAACUAUGAUGAUGCAUAGUAUGCAAUAUGCAUAGAUUAUAUUAUUGUAGAUCAGAAUUUUGAAGCUCUCCCAUGGAAAUUUUUCGUUUAAUAGCAUAUUCUCAAUUAUAUUUUACGUUACAUGUGGGAACUAUUUAGAAUACUUCAUUUUUCCAAAACAAUCCAUGUUUUACCUUCGUAACACAGUUAUAUCUUCUAUUUUGUAUGCUUGAAUAUUUAAGAAUCUACUGCAGUUUUCUCGAAGCAAAUUUUAUUACAUUGUAUUUAAAACGCGAUCAGGCAAUCGAACAAAUGUCUUCAGAAAUAUAUUGCAUAUUCUGCAUCCAUUUGCAAUGGUUAUAAUGUGCUGGUUACUAUUGUAUACAGAUAAAAGUGAAAUAAAACAGAUCAUCUCUUAUUA